AAGCUGAGCCAAUUGAUUGAGACAGAGUCAUAUUUCGUCUUCAUCUACUUUUGCAAAACAGUCAUUUUUGAUUGAGAGAGAGAGAGAGAGAGAGAGAGAGAGAGAGAGACACACACACACACACAUCUAGUUUCAUAUCCAAGCUGCUGCUCUGAAUCCAGCAACAUGGUUCAGCCUAAUAACUCAGCAGAAGGUGAAGGAAGCAUUCAUUUGCAGAUUGAUGAGCUCCACAGGCUCAAUGAAGCCAGAAGUGCAGACAACACAAUCUUUGAACCUCAGAGCGGUAUUGAGAAAAGAGAGAGUAGCACUGCAACUUCUAUGGGUCCAACAACACCAGCAGUUCCUGCACCAGAAAAGAAGCUAACCCUUUUCGCUCUCCGGCUAGCUGUGCUCGAAAAAGCAGCAACCGGCCUUGGAACUCUGGGUUUCAUCUGGGCAACAGUUGUCCUUCUAGGCGGUUUUGCCAUCACCUUAGACCAAACAGACUUCUGGUUCAUCACAAUCAUUUUGUUGAUUGAGGGAACUAGGAUAUUCAGCAGAAGCCAUGAACUUGAAUGGCAACACCAAGCCACUUGGUCUAUUGCUGAUGCCGGGAUCAACAGUUUUCGCGCAUUGAAAAUCAGCUCAAGCUUCAUAAUUGAGAACAUAAAAGCAAUUUUCAAGCCUGUUCUUGCAGUUAGGAAGCAAAGUCAACGCAGCAGAGACUUUGCAAGGACUAUUGAUUCAAUCACUACCAGAAAUUCUGAUCUUCAAGGGAAGAUAGUUCGGACUUGGACGAGCUCAGAAGUCCCUCUGCUACCAUAUGCUCAAUGGAUUUUUCGAGCGAGGCAUAUCAGUAAGAUGCUCUAUUGGCUCCAGCUUCUCUCAGCAUCAGCUUGUGUUGCUCUCUCAUUAAUGAAGCUCAUCAAGCGCAACUAUGGUGAGAUAGAAAAAGGAGACACUGACAAGAGAAAUAGGGAGUCUGCUCUGAACAUUUUCUAUUCAUUGGCCUUGGCAGAAGCUCUGUUGUUUCUGAUGGAGAAAGCUUAUAGUGAGUUUAUGAUAAGCUAUUGUAAUCUGCUGGAUGUGGUAAACAAGGAGUGUGAUUUGGGGCCUUCAGGCUUAGUUUCAAUUAAAAGGUUCUUCUAUGAUGCCUAUUCAAGAUGUGUCAAUGGAAGCAUUUUUGAUGGCUUGAAGAUGGAUAUGGUUACUUUUGCCAUGGACUUAUUGGCUUCAAAUUCCUCAGAUGAGCAGCUUAUUGGAGCUAAAAUUCUUCGCCAAUUUGCAAUGAACCAACGGUAUUCAGAUGAUACCUUACAGAAGAUUGGUAUAAAUAUAUCAGUGAUAGAAAGAUUGGUUGAGAUACUGAAUUGGACAGAUCAAGAAGAAGAGGAAAUCCGACAAUCAGCUGCAGAAAUAUUGUCUAAACUGGCUGGCAAAAAGCAGAACUCCAUCCGGAUAGCUGGAGUUCCAGGUGCAAUGGAAUCAAUUUCAUCUCUGCUCCAAACCUGCAGAAGCUCAAGUGGUGCAUCUGAUGAAAUCAGUGAAAAGAGAAUCAUUUCUGACCAUGCACACUAUGGAUUCUUGACAUUCAAUCAUUUAGGAUUGCUUAUUCUGAAGAAACUUGCCCGUGACCACGACAACUGUGGAAAGAUUGGAAACACAAGGGGCCUCCUACCAAAAAUCAUCGAUUUUACACAUGCUGAAGAGAGAUUUCUGAAGGAAGAACAUGGUACUCCAGAUGAUCAUAUAAUGACACUGAAACGCUCCCUGCAAUUGGUGAAGAGGCUUGCAAGCACAACAGGCAAUACAGGAAAGAAUCUAAGGAGAAAUCUUUCAGAGAUAGUUUUCACAAUCAGCAAUAUCAGAGAUAUUCUGAGAUAUGGGGAGAAACAGCCAAUGCUACAACAAUUGGGCAUUGAAAUCUUAACCGGUCUGGCACUGGAAGAGGAUGCAACUGAGAGAGUAGGUGGAACAGGUGGAGUUCUUAAGGAGUUGUUCAACAUUUUCCUUAACAAGGGAAUGCUGGAGAAUGAUAAACAAGUAAUAACUAAAGCUGGAGAAGCUCUAGCUAUGCUGGCAUUAGAGAGCAAGAAUAAUUGUCAGCGUAUCUUAAAACUGGGGGUACUGGAAAGCCUUGUCCAAGCUCUAGAGGUUCGAUUGGCUCGUGUGAAUGCUGCUAGAAUCCUAAGGAAUUUGUGCACUUACAGUGGCUCAAACUGUUUCCACCAGCUAAAAGGGAUAACGAAUGCAACGCCUAUAGUGCUCAAGGCAAUCAUGUCAGAAGAACACAAACUCCAGGAAGUAAUGGUUGGACUAGCUGCACAUGUUUUAGCAUUCUUGUCUCCAGAAGAAUCAAGCCUUAUGUUUAAGAAAGCUGAAAUUACUGAAGCAGAGGUAGCUAAUGAGUUAGUCCAGAUUCUGAAGAAGCACAGGCAUCCACCAAUUAAAGUUCCAAGAAUAAGGAGGUUUGCCAUAGAGCUGGCAAUUUGGAUGAUGGAAGACAAACCAACAAAUGUUCAAAUUUUCAAGGAUUUCGGGAUGGAGAAGGAGCUGGAGUUUGUGCUAGAGACCACUGCAGAGCUUGAAAGCUUCAACAUUUUCUCUGGUACUGUAGGAAUGAGCAGACACAGCACAACAAUCCACUCACUGGUAGAGACUGCAUUGAGGCUGCUAGCUGAUGGGUAAAAACCAUGCAAUAUGGUUGAUUUAGCCCAAGUCAGUACUGCAACAAUUCAUUUCAUAGGUGGAGAUUAAAAAUCCUGUAAAAGUCCACAUAAAAUUAAAUUUUAAAUUUUUUUUUUUUUUGGGAGAAAGGCUCUUGUACUUUUAAGUUAAUAUUACAAAUGUGAUUAUAUUA